AUGACAAAAUUGCCUAUUUUUAUACUGCUGUGGAUAAUUUUGUCAUGUAUAAUUCUCUACUUCAAAUCUUCAGAUGACGAUCUUAAUUCAAUUGUUACUAUGCAAGAGAGAAAAAUCGAUUUAGGGCCAGUCAUGUACUACGAUCCGCCAGAAACAACUCAGAAGUCAUCUAAAGGUGAAAUUGCAUAUGAAAAUAUCUUUCAGUUGCUAGAUGUAAAAAAUCUUAUUUGUACUCCUUUUUCAUUUGGCUACAGUUGAGAAGAAGCCGAAUCAUUAUUUCCAAGCUAUAAGUUUCCGACAUGCUCUUCUCUUAUAAAAGAACCAAAAUGAGAUAUAUCAGAAAGAGCUUUCUCCAUGGCAUGCAAAAAUUAUACUGACGCAGCUCUAGUUCAAGGCCCAACUGGAAACGUAAAAUACCCGUCAUGAAAAGCCCACAAAAGGCUUUGGCAAUCUGAACAUUUUUCAAAAAAACUGAAAUUGAAUUCUAAUACAGAUUUUUUGCUGGCGACAUGCGACUAUAAAGAAAAUUUUGAUGUUGCCUGGCAUAGGCCAAGCUAUGAUUAUUAUAUCCAUGAGAGGGCAAAGAGUUUAUCAAAAGACAAUCACUUAAAAAAACCUUUAUUUAUAUUGACGCUAGGUUUGGAUAGUUUUUCAAGAAGGCAUUUUUUCCAAAAAUUGCCUAAAACAGUUGAAGUUUUAAAUAAUUUUGUCAAAGAAUUCAAAAUUUUUGAUUUCAAACUACACAAUAUAGCUGGAAAAGCAACUGUUAAUAAUGUAACACCAUUAUUCAUAGAUGAUAAAGAUGCAAAAAAAUUAAAAAAAUCAAAAGAAAAUGAUAAAAUGGGAGAAAAAGCUAUAUGGGUCGACUUUAAAAGGCGAGGAUUCAUUACUUCAAUGCUUACUGAUGAUUGUGAUUAUAGAGUUUAUAAUAAUAUAGGCCCUGAACCAGACAUUGAUUUUGUAUCACGACAAUUUUUCUGUGCAGCCCAAAAGUACACAGACUAUGUUACAAAUAAAAAUAAGAAAAUGAAGCAAAGGUGUAUUGGCUCUCAAAUGUCUCAUGUUUAUAUUUUUCAGUAUUUGCAAGAUUUAUUAAAUAUGUACUCAGAUGUAAAUCAAUGAAGUUAUGUUCAUUUAAAUGCUGCUCAUGAAUCCACAGGAAGGCAUGCGCAAACUUUAGACCCAGACUUAUCUGAAUUUUUAACAACGUUUUUACCAAAAGCCACUAACUUACCUCAAGAUUUUUUUUUAAAUUUUAAAAUAAUAUUUAAAUAUGCAAGAUGUUUUAAAUUUAAUUGAAAAAGUAGGAGAUAUCAUUAUUAUAUAAUAGUUAAUUAGAUAUCAAAAUAUUGUCUAUAUAAAGAUUUUAUAUUUACAUUGUUAUUCUGCCAUCCAAGGGGGAGUAAGACGCAUGAAGUCAUGAUAAAUUUGCUAGGUGAUCAUGGCAUGAGAUAUGGAAACUGAAAAUACUCACUCCCCCCCUCCGUUAGUGAACAAAAAAAUUUUGUUCACUCACGGAGGGGGGUUAAUUUUUUUUUUUUUAAAAAAAUUUAUUUUUUUUCGAAAUUUUAAAAUUCCUAAUUCACAAAAAUUGGAAAGCAAAUAUUAAUUUAAUUUAUAAAAUUUAUGUUUUAAAAAUUCGUUUAAAAUUAAACAGAAUUAGCUCUAGAUUUCGUUAUAAUAAUUAUCAUUUAUAUAUCAAAUUUUUUUUCCAUAAAAAAAUUUUUCUAUUAGAAAAAUUUUUGUUCACUCACGGAGGGUGGGCUUUUGGGCAAAAAAUAGGGAUUUUUCUAAUGGUUUUGUUCACUCACGGAGAGGGCAGGGAGUCAGUAGAUGGUGACCAAGAAAUGAAAUUGCCAGUUUUUAUAAUGAUUUCAAGUGAUUUUUAUAUAAAUUCAGUACCCAAAUCCUAUGAAACAUUAUCAAAAAAUACACUAAGAUUAGUAACUAAGCAAGAUAUAAGACAAACUUUAUUAGGAAUUUUGAAUAGAAUUUCCUUGACAAGAGACUCUAAAAAUAAAUACGCGUAUGAUUUAUUUUCUGCAGAAAUUCCAACCUCAAGAAAUUGUGACACUUUUGCAAAUAUUCCAGCUCAACUAUGCUCAUGCCAAAGCUAUAGAGAAAUUAAGCCAGAAUUUUGGAAAAUGAAAUAUUUAAAGGUGUUUGUGCAUGAUUUAAUCCAAAUAGCAUGUGACAAGAUGAAUGAAGUAUCUCAUACUCCUGAUCAAGUCUCUUCUAAUUUGUGUAAAAAAAUAAUUCCAAAUGAAAUUGCAGGAGUGUUUCACGAUCCCCAAUGAUCGUAUUUAGACUUAAAAAUUGAGUUCACAGCGAAGUAUUCUCCUGCAAGAUUUUUGGUUGAGUAUCACGUGCAUGAAGAUGAUAAAACUCACCAUGGCAUUCCAAUUAUUUAUGAUCAUCAAAGAUUGCUUGUACAAAUCAUUUGCUAUGCUGUUAAAUAACAUUAAUCUUUUUAAUUUCUAUUCCCUAAAUCUCUGCUUGGACUGAAAGCUCCGAGUAACGGUAACAGGAAUCAACCUAACCGUUAGACCUGCUCAUGUCCCCAAGCCUCCUAGGACUUCUCUAUCUACGCCAGACUCAAUAUAGAUUCAAGAAAUCUAGGAUUUCUCUCACUAAGCUCAGUUGCAGGACUGCGUUUCUACUCCUAAGUGCCAUUUUAAAUUGUGCACAAAUUAUGAAUAUAGAUAGAUUAGAUGAAUAUGGAGGGAUUUGUGAAGAAAAAAGUAAUGAGUUAGGACUGAAUCCAGAGUAUUGUAUUUGUGAAUAUGAUAACGCUUAA